CGCGCGCUCCAGCGGACAGUCCGGCUGCACGAGAGCCUUCCUCCGACCUCUACUUACUCAAAUAUAUGUUUUAAUGGAAAGAUAAUUAAACCGGAGUCAAGAAAGUCUCCUGUUCCUCCAGUGGAAGUUUUCUCUGAAAUCAGUGCCAGUGGAGCCGUCCGCCAGGCUUUACCCAAAAGAAGCGCCGUGCUAACGGAGGAGUUGAAGGAUUAGAGGAUAAUCCAGGAUGGUCCGUUGGUGCAACCGCAGAACCGUUUGCAGCUGGACACAGAACCUAUUUCUGAGCUGAUGUCGACAAAGCCAAAGCCCAAAGCAAGCGGGGGAAAAUAGGCGAUCUUACCACACACCAACCGGCUGCUUCCAGGAACACAACUACACAGUGUUUCACCUCAAUUUAUGGCCCUUUAAUCCUGCCAGCUAUGCAUCAAAACCAGCUACGAAGAGAGGGACACAGUUUGGCCUGCGCUUGAUAAACUGAGAUAAUAUUCAAGCGCAUCUGGCACUGAAGACUUUGGGAGUUCAGCUUCUCAGAAAAUUACACGGUUUCAAGCUCUUGGAAUAACAUUUCAGAGCUAUUUUUUAAGAUUUGGACUGUCGAUGACUUUGGGAUAAUCUAAGAGGAGAGAACACAACGUUCAGUUUGGCCAUUCAGUAGGAAUAAAGGUUGAUUUUGAGCAAAUAUUGUGCCAUUCAAUUCCAACGUGUUACAAAGAGUGGGACAGAGUUUAGCUUGGGUAUGAUAGACUGAGAAGAUAUUCAAGAACUAUUUGGUGCUGCAAGCCUGGAGUUCAGAUUUCCUCAAGGUUUCAAGAUCUUGGAAUUUUGUCUACAUUUUAAACUGUCAAUGAUUUUUGGCAUAAUCUAAGAGGGGAAAAUUGGACAUUCAGUUUUGCCAUUCAGUGGGAUUUAAAGGCAACUCCAAACAAAGUAGAUUUUCAGGAGCCAUUCACCUCUCGGGAUCAUGAAUCUUCAGGAGAAGCUGUCCGGCCUCAAAGGUCUGGUCUCACAGUCUCACAGCAAGCGUCGCUAUAAAGGCGACCUCACGCUGGAGAUGAUCAGCCCUCCUUUGGGAGAUUUCCGCCACACCAUGCAUGUUGGCCGUGGAGGCGAUGUGUUCGGGGACACUUCCUUCCUCAGCAACCAUGGAGGCACUGGGAACAAAGGGAACAACGGGAACAAGGGGAACAACAGCGGGAACAACGGCAACAAUGGGAACGGUGGGAACAACGGGAACAACGGGGAAACGGAUUCUAUCUCCAGUCCAGACAACAAGAUCGGAGCGUUCUUCUCCAGGACGCUCCGUCAGAUCAGAAGGGGAUCUGAAAACAGACCGACUGGAGGAUGCAAAGAGCUGUCGCCUCCACCUCCGGUCGUUUCUCCCAUCAUCAAGAACGCCAUCUCCCUCCCCAGCCUGGAUGUGGAGAUGCCCAAUGGGAGUCCCACCACCAAAGUGCUCUUCCCCAGUUCUCAUAGCACGCCGGAGGAGAGGAAAAGCUCUUAUGGUCUGGAGUCUGGUUUCGUCACGCUGCCUCGUCUCUCUCGUUCUGAGCGCCAGCAGCCGUCCAUCUCCCUCCCCACUUCCUGCCCUCCUAACAUCCAUCGCGGCUCUCUAACCGACGAAACCGACGCCAUCUUGUGCUCCGCCUCCAUCUUGACCUCUGACCCCAAACCCUCCUUCUCCGCCUACUCUGACUCCCUGUCCUCCCUCACCUCUCUGGACACCUUCACCUUCGACCUGGGCCCUUCCUUAAUGAGCGAGGUGUUCGGGGUGAUCGACGGCUGCCAAUCAGACGAUCACACUCCCGUCUGGGAGGGAGAGGAGGCGGGAUCAGCGUGUGGGAUGACCAAUGACGGCUCAGAGAUGGAUUCGGCCACUAUUUCCUAUGUGGAUUCGCUGCUUAGGGAGGAUUUUGGCGGCAGGAAGAGCCCGCAUGGUGGCGAGUGGGAGGAGGAGGAAGUGAUGGAGGUGAAUGGAGUAAAAGAUGUGGUGAUGGGGUCUCCUGAAAGAGCCAAAUUGGGUGUUGGGAUGGAGAUGGAGCGCUUCCAGAGUGCUACAGAUGUGCUCGCUCGCCACUAUGGAGUCAGCUUAAAGGGACAGAGCCGGGUGGAGGUCGCAGAUUCACAGAUAAUCGCCAGCCGCCCGAAGAACAAAACUCCCUACAACUACAUGGACGAUGAGGAUGAAAUCAAAGUGUAGUCAGAGAUAUUUUGACUCAAAUCGAUCGACGAGAGAUUGUGGUUGACGAGGCAGGAUGACCAUGAAAUCCUUAAUAUUGGAUGCUUUAAGGAUGUUGAUGUUGCUGAAUGUAUCUUAAACCCGAGGGGUGAAUGCUUGUUUCAAAAAGACUUGAAGCGUGGAAAAACAAGGACAUAGAAUGUAGUUUAGAUCUUCUUAAAGGACACGCAACAUUUCCCUACAACUACACGGACGAUGAGGAUGAAAUCAGUGUAAUCAGAGAUAGUUUUCGACUCUUAAAAACUUGUUAAAUGUAUGAUUUUUCUGUAAUCAAAUCGAUCCUUCAAUGUGGUUGACGAGUGUUGGUGUUGCUGAAUGGAUCUUAAAGGAGUGUAAGAUGUUUCCAAGCCCGAGGGAUGAAUGCUUGUUUCAAAAAGACUUAGUAAAAGGAGGCGUGGAAAAGCGAGGAUGUGCCACAGAAUUUAGUCUAGAUUGUCUCAAUGGAAACAAAGCCCGUCACUUUAUGUUUCACACUUCCUCCCAUAUUGCUGCAGAUAGCUGUAGCAAUCUUUUAAAAAAGUGGAUGCAAGCACCAAAAUUCAUCUUUCCCAAAUGUCAUAUUAUUUUAAAAAGACCAUAAACCACUUGAAUUAAAAAAAGUAAUUGCAACUAUUCUCCAAGAUGGCUGCCAUUUCCAGCUGAUAAAAACCAUAUUUUACCAAAUCAUUUUAACCAGUGGAUCACUUUUGGUGAUUUUAAGAUUGAAUAUCUCUAUUUGAUAAGUCAAAUCUUCUAAGAUUUUGUGUGAUUUUAACCACAACACGUUUACAUUUGGGGUUGUUUGUUAGAAAGCGUCUGAAUUUGUUUCUACGUGUUCAGAAAUGUAUGAUUUGACAAUCGAGAUCAUUCAUCCAGGGCAAGUAAACGUGAUUUUAUGGCAAAGAAAACGGCAUUUCCAAGCCAAUAUUGGUGGCCAUCAUGACAAUUGAAGAUAUAUUGGGUGUUUCUCAAUGUCGAGUACGCUUGCUUGGUAGCACAUGUCUUCCAAGUCACUUGCUUCAGAAGCGAGGCAAGAAUACUUCCUGGCAUUUGGAAAACAAAGAGUGGAGAGGCCCCGUCUUACAUUUUCCGCCACAGAUUUUGUGAAAUUGGUCCGUGCGCAAAGCAUUGUGGGGCUUUUAAGACCACGGAGUCUACACAUGUGCAGCCUAGAAAUGUCUCGCUACAAAGUACGCCGGGCUCCGUAGAAUUCCAAGUAUGCUGGACAUUGGAACAGUAUUUCGGCGGCACUCGAUGACGUAGUAUGCUUGAAAUAGUGGCUCUGGAGCAGCUUUACUCGACAUUGAGAAACACCCCUUAUGUUCCAAUUGUAGUACUUGUAUCCACUUUUGAAAUAUUUCCCUGAUUUAUUUGAUUCUCUGCAGCACAACAAGGUGGAAAGCCUCUCCAUGGUCUCUAAUGAGAGAGGAAGUGAGGAUUAAACAAAUGGAUUUAAUCUUUUUACAACCUUAGGGCCUCAUUUCAAUCUCCUGUCGACUCCUCUCACUCAGGAAAACACUACCAGGACACACAAAGGGAAAGGAAAUGUGGAUUCUCAGGCCUCAGCAGAUUAGAAAUCGACAUGGACUAAGGGAAUAUGUAAAGUAUUUCUAGUACUAGAUGCAACUGAAGCUUAUGACCAUAUACAUGCUCAUUUUAUGCUGCAGACCUUCCAUAUAGAGACCCCAUGCACCUUUAAUGAUCUUGAAGUCUGACUCCUGUAUUGUCAUUUAAAUGUCCUUUUAUACGACUGUACAUAAAGAUAUUAACUGACCUCCUAUAAAUAUGUACCUACAGUAAGAGCACCUGCAGCAGUACCUAGUGCAAUUCACAUCCAUAUGCUGCAGACAAUACCAAUGAUAUAUUAUGAUGAUAUUAAUGACAAUAAACAUGUUUUUAAUUA